GCUUGUUUGCUUUUUCAUCCCUGAAUCCUAACCUAAGAGCACCUCUUCUUCAUUUUUCUUUGCACAAAUCUCCCCCCAGGGCAGGCAGAGUCCCCAGAUCCUAAGCCACUUGGAUCCCUUAACAUGAUUGCCUCUGCUUGGUCUUUAGGGACUUGAAUGCUCCUACUGACGGGAUCGGAGGCAGGCAGCGCUUGCAGAUUGGGGUGUGUCAACCCUCUUCCCAUAACGCACAAAAUAAAGCAGCAAAGAACUUGCCAGCACCUGUGGCAGAGUUUGAAGGGAGCCGAGGAGCCGUCAUUGCAGCUUCAGGGGGAUCAGGAGCCACCAUGCCACCUAUGAAAGUCUGCAUCAUCGGAUCUGGGAACUGGGGAACUGCUAUUGCAAAAAUCAUAGGCAAAAACACCCAGAACUCCAACAGAUUUGAGCCAAUCAUAAAGAUGUGGGUGUUUGAAGAAUUAAUCAAUGGGAGAAAACUUACAGAGAUAAUUAACCAAGAUCAUGAAAAUGUGAAGUAUCUUCCAGGUCAUAAGCUACCUCCUAACGUGGUUGCUGUACCAGAUCCAGUAGAAGCAGCAGUCGAGGCAAAUAUUCUAAUAUUUGUUAUACCCCAUCAAUUCAUUCGUAAAAUAUGUGACCAACUUGUUGGAAAAGUAAAAACAGGAACCAUUGGGAUCUCAUUAAUAAAGGGAGUAGAUGAGGGUCCCGAAGGCUUGAAACUCAUCUCAGACAUCAUUCGAGAAAAACUGAAAAUUGAAGUCAGUGUGCUCAUGGGAGCCAACAUAGCUAAUGAAGUGGCAGAUGAAAAGUUCUGUGAAACUACCAUUGGUUGCAAAAACGCAGAUCAUGGGAAGAUUUUUAAAGAAUUAAUGCAGACCCCAAAUUUCAGAAUUACUGUGGUGGAUGACUGUGAUACCGUGGAGAUAUGUGGAGCCUUAAAAAAUAUCGUGGCAGUAGGUGCUGGAUUUUGCGAUGGACUUGGCUUUGGUGAUAACACCAAAGCAGCUGUGAUUCGUCUGGGCCUCAUGGAAAUGGUUGCCUUUGCAAAACUCUUCUGCAAAGGCUCUGUAUCAGUAAAUACAUUUCUGGAAAGUUGUGGUGUUGCUGAUCUGAUCACCACAUGUUACGGUGGACGCAACAGGAAGGUGGCAGAAGCCUUUGCACGAAGUGGAAAAACAAUUGAGCAACUAGAGAAAGAGAUGCUGAAUGGACAGAAGCUUCAAGGACCUCAGACAUCAGCUGAAGUUUUCAAGAUCUUGACGCAGAAGAACUUAAUUAACAAGUUUCCGUUAUUUGUCAGUGUCUACCAGAUCUGCUAUGAGGGAAAAUCUGUCAAAGAGUUCAUCGCUCGUCUGCAGAAUCAUCCACAACACAUGUAAGGCACUAUAGCUCCUCAUUCCAAGCAUCUCCUCUACUCAAGGUUUCUGUCAUCGUGAGCAUGAUGAAUAAAAGCAAGCAAGGC